GGGGGUGGUUAUGCUUGAGCGGGUCCCGGUGGGUCCCGGCGCUGCUGCGGGACCGGGGGAGGGUCCUUUCCACAGGAGGGGUCGACCACCAGCGCCUCUGACCUGCACUGUUCUCUCCGCGGAGGCCCAGGGUACUAUCGGGCCCCAGCCCUACCUGUGGUCGGAGAAAGUGAAUUGAAUGCUGUGCCCUCCAGCCCAUGUGGAGUAGCACCAAGAAAAUAUCCAUCUGUGCUUUUAAGGUGAUACCCACCCUUAAGGGGAAGGGUGUUCGCAGCUGUUUAAUAUAAAUCUAGAUAUUUCAGGUGAUUCAGAAUUAAUUCUCAUGUCGUCAGAGGGCUCGACUGUCACAGUUCGUCUUGUUCGCUCUUUUGAGCACCGGAAUUUCAGACCUGUGGUGUACCAUGGAGUUCCCUUGGAUCAGACAGUGAAGGAGUUCAUUACUUUCGUGAGGAAGGAUGUGUCUUCAAGAACAGGACUUCCUCCUCCCUUUAAAAAUUACAAGUAUGAUACAAUGAAGAUUAUUCACCAAGCACACAAAUCUAAGACUGGUGAACUUGUAGUGAGUUUGGAAGAUGAUGACAAACUGAUUCUGAAAGAAGACAGUACACUGAAAGCAGCUGGAGUAGCAAAUGAGACGGAAUUAGCAUUCUUCUGUGGGGAAGAUUACAGAAACUACAGAGCUAAUCCUGUUUCGGCCUGGUGAAGAUCCCAAGAGAUUGUUUUGUUUUCCCAUACCUGUUGUAAAUUUCCCUUAUUCUGCUUAAUGAGAUUUUUCUUAAAGAUCAAUAAAUCCUAGAGGAUUGCUUUGCAAGCAGUGCAAUUCCCUUA